AUGGUUCUAGGUCAAGAGGCUAUAUCGUGGCUUGAGGUUAAUGAGGCGUUGCAUCUAGAGAAAUGUGCCCCUUGGGAUGAAUUUAAUAAGAUAUCUAAUCUUGUUAAACCAUUUCUGGUUUUGUUUGGUGGUGUUUCUUGUAAUAUGAAAUCAUUGCACGAUCAAUAUGUAAAGCUUGUCGAAAGGGUCGCUGAGUUAGAGAAAAUCUCUAUAAGCAUGGAAAUGGUUGUUCAGACGAGAUGGAUAAGGAUUGGACUAGUGGACAAGCUAGCUAUGCUGGAGCAUGCAAUUCGGAAGUUGAAGGGCAACUUGAUGGACUCUUCCUCUAGUAAAUAG